CUCAUUCCAUGGUGAUCUUGUACCCAAAUUUGCCACCUUUUUCACGGAUUGUGGUCUGAUAGGCGUGAAGAAGAACUAGUUAAGACAGUGGUCCAGACUGUUCUGAGAUGCUUACAGCCAGAAUUACCAAAAAGUCCCCAAAUUGCCCGGUACAACGUAUUCUUGAUCUUUAGAGGCGCCGAUACUCGCCAGGGCUUCACCUAUCAACUCUACACAAACCUUGUGGAUGCCGGAGUUUCUGUUUUCAAAGACGACACCAACCUUCCAAUUGGUGAGGAGUUUGGGUCACAGCUUCUUAGUGCAAUCACACGGUCUACAAUCUACAUUACAGUCCUCUCUCAAAGUUACAGUUCGAGCAAGUGGUGUCUUCACGAGCUCGCAAAAAUAAUGGAGUGCAAGGAAAGCAUGGGACACAUGGUCUUGCCCAUUUUCUACAAAGUAGAUCCCUCCGACGUGCAAUGCCUAAAGGGGAAUUUGGGGAAUUUCAGGGAUGCCUACUAUUCACGUGAGAAGGGUCUUUGUGGCGGGGAUGCCAUUAUGGAAGGCCUGCGAGUGUUCAAAGAUUUCUGCGACAUUCAAGGAUCGCACCAUCAUUAUACCGGGUCUGAUGGAGAACUGACCAAAGUAGUUGUCCAAGGUGUUUUGAGACAGUUGCGGCAUCACUUUCAACUUGAUGUACCUGAGCACUUGGUCAGAAUCGAUGAUCAUGGGCAUGCAGAUUGGAUUAUGAGAUGCUGAAGAUUCAACGCCUACGCAAGAAUGCUUGUCUUAGCAGUAAGUUAAUGGUGGAAGGACAGUGAAACUAGGAUUCCUAAGAGAAGAUACAAAUUCAGAUGUUCUCAUUCGAUGAGUCCUUUGGUGGUUCAGCUGGUCGGAAA